AGGUCCUAGUUGCGUCUAAUCGGAUUAGGGGACUAUGGGUUAACAAGCUCGCGGUUUUCUCCGCCCUGCACGGGACUUGUGCUCUGUACUUUUAGUUUCUGUUAAAACGGGGCUUUUAAAACAAAAAAACCCACCAAGAUCUUAUUCAGUCAUCUGUUUGCUCCAGACACAUAAGUUGUGAUAAAGCGUGCUUUCACUUUCAGGACGAGAGACAGGAAAUCGAACUUCGAGGGACAUUAAGCACCAUCUAUGCAACCGCAACAUCAACUCCUCUCAUUAACGGUUUGGUUCAGUCAAGGCGCAACUUUUCUAUUUAUUAAAUGUAAACUAGAGAAAAGCUAAGAUUUAUUAGUUUGUGUAUUUUGGCUGUAUUUGGGCGAUAUAAGCGACUUUUUGUUAUGCCCUCUAACCGUGUGCCAGCCUGCACUCCACCCCUCGGACUGCGUCCUGGACUCGGUGGUUAGUUAGAUGGUGCUGAUCACGGAGGACAGGGAUGGAGGAGGCGCGCAGUCGCUCCGCGUCAAACAGCUGCAGAACAAAGUCGCUCACGUCCAGCCGACUAUAACCGAGGAGCCUCUGUCCAACUCCGAGGAUGACUACCUGGGGUCCUGCGAGGAGGACGGGGAAGACGACGAGGGGAGCGAGGAAGACAGCGAUGAGUUCGAGGAGGUUGACUUUGAGGACUUGGAUGACUGUCGCAGCAUCGCGUCGGACGACUCGUUCUAUCCGCCGGACGACGUGUUCGCGGACUCGGAGCGAACCCCGUCUCCUGAGAGCCCGGAGCCGCUUUCCUUUUUCAAGGCGUGCUGCACUAACAACGCGGCGAUUGUCCGGAUAAUGAUACGACACGGUGUCAAGGAGGAGGAGGUGAAGGAAACCGAUAGGAAUAACAGGACAGGGCUGCUGGUGGCAUGUUACCAAGGUUUCGUGGACGUCAUCAUAGCGCUGUCUCAGUGUCCGAACCUGGAUGUUAACUGGCAGGACAGCGAAGGAAACACCGCUCUCAUCACUGCAGCACAAGCAGGCCACAUAACGAUCACCAACUAUUUGCUGAACUACUACUCUGGGCUGGACAUAGAGAGAAGAAACUGUCACGGCUUCACUGCUCUGAUGAAAGCUUCCAUGCAGGGCAGAGUGGAAUGUGUGCGCUCGCUCAUGAUGGCAGGGGCUUCCCUUGAUGCAAGGGACUUUGGUCGGAACCUGACUGCCAGGGAAUGGGCAUUGUUUACGGCUCGUUAUGAAACUGCCUGGGUGAUGACACGUCUGAUGGAGCGUCCCUAUCCUUUCCAAUACUCUGAUACAUACAGUCUUGAGUGGCCCCCGCUGGCAUCUCUGGUCGCUAAAGCCCAGGAGCCUCGCGGAUGUCUCAAGCGCCUCUCGGACACUGUGCGCAACAUCUUCAACAUCGCAAAUGUCACCAACCCUGAGGAGGAAGGCGUUAUCGACCACAUGGUGUCUGUUACUACUGCCAUGAGAAGCCCUUUUAUCGCUGUGGCCUGCCGUACUGUGUGUCCUGACAGUCCUCCAAGUGUGGGCAAACGUCGUUAUGCAGUUCCAGAGAUUAUCCGCAAGCAGCGUGCCAAAGAGCUUCUGUGCGCCAACCCCGACAGGGUGGAAAGCCACCUCAAACUUUUUGAAAACUCACGGGUCACUUUGGUAGCAAAGAACUCUGACAACCGGCGGUCCAGCCUUCAAGUCCAGAGAUCUGUGCCUAGAAACAGGAGCUCCAGCUUGGGCGUUGUUGCUCACAACCAAGCCCUAGAGCUGCGAAGAACAAGUCUGCUGCCGCUGCACAUGGUGCUGAGGAGGAGUAGCGUCAGGCCGGGCUUAAGCAUCCCAAAGGUCAGGAUUUCAAAGGCCCCCCCUUCCACCUAUGAACCGGAACAGAUCAGGAGAAAAAGCAGCGCCAAAGAUGGAGGAGGAAACCUGCUUCAGAUCCCCAAGUGGCGCUACAAGGAGCUCAAAGAAGAGAGAAGAAGGGCAGAGGAAGCUGAGAGGAAGAGGCUGGAGGCUGUUACUAGGAGACAUAUUGCAGCUGGGAAAAAGAAAUAAUCCAAUCACCUCAGGGAAUGUCAUUUUAAUCCUUACGAAACCUAGACAGGUCUCAAAGCUAGAAUAUUUUGACUGGAGGUUUGUGGACCAAACAUGCUAAGACUAUUUCCUUAAACACUACUGUGAGAGCUUUAUUACUCAGUGCUAAGUCAGAGAUCCACUCAGAGAAUCUGAGACACUAACAUUUUUGAGAUAAUUUAUUUUCUAAUAUUUAUUGCUUUUAAAUGGAGGCCCAAUAUUUUAUUUUUGUUGAUGCAUUUUUAGUUUGAUACUCUAGACAGCAGAAGACGUAAAGAGACAUUUGCUCCCAGCGCAGCAACACAGGAAGCACAUUUAUCUCUUUCUGCAUCGGAGGAUGAACAUAUACUGGAAUCAUGUCUUUGAAACUUUUACUGAUAAGCGUCUUAUGUGCUGAGAUAAUUCAACUCUAACAUGGGAUCUAAAUGCAUUUGCUAGAUAUAUAUUUUUAGAAUGCUUGCUACAUUAAAGCCUUAGUCUGAAUGUGUUUUGAAUACAUACAUAUAUCUAUUUUGUACUAGAGAUUUGAUUGCUUUUUGAAGUUGUUUUAUUUAAUAUGGACACAGUUUGGAAUAUUUUUAAGUACUUUUGACAUUUGCAGAAGAGAAAUAAAGGAAAAAUCCUUAAAAUGCAGAGAAAAAAUGUAAAUACUCUCCACAUGUUUACAAGAGAAAACCAAAUUUAUAUUAGUAUAUAAACUAUUAUGCAAUGAACAUAUAUGAAAUUGGUGUAAACAGGGUAUAAAAGAUGUGAAAUAAAACACUCCUGCU